AUGAGUGACGCCCACGAAUUGGCCGCACUAAAUGUCCGCCACAAGGCUGGGAUUAACCAGAAUUCCCAGGAAACAACAGAGGCCUUCGCUGGCACAACUUUUAUUUCGGUCCUCGCAGACAAGUUCAGACGCCGCUUUGGGUUUGUUCGGACCGGUUUUCUGCCUGGACUUUUUGUUGACCAGACAUAUGUCUAUCCACUUUUGGGAUUCUUCAAAUUUUUAGUGACGCCGUCAUUUUGGUUGUACAGCCUUGUUCUAGCAUUUUGUUUUGCGUGUAUUUUUGUGACCGUGGCCGCCCUUUACUACUUCUUUAUACUUCCCAUUAUACUAGUUUGGGCCGUGGCUACGCUGGGACCUAUUGGCUUUGUCAUUGUUCACAUACAGUGGCUCUUGCAAUCGAAUGCAUUAGCGAUCACAUUGACAAAUAUUCUAAUAGCACCCGUUUUCGCGAACAGCAUCUUCGAUGCUGUCCUAGCCAAACUGGGGCAUGCAGAGUUCCUGGAAAAUGCGAAGAAAUUACCCGUUACUCCAUCAAAAGUCAUUUCAUGGAAGUCUCUUGAUUAUUGGUUAAUCGUGCUUCCCGGCAAGAUUAUAACUCUGAAGAUAAAAAUAGCUACCACUAUCUUUCUCAGCCUUCUUUCACUCAUACCUGUCAUUGGCCCCACACUCGUGAAUCAACUGCUAAGCCCCAAGAGAGGAUUUUCAUAUAGUCGAAGACUAUACGUUCUGAAGAAUUUGAGCAGCGGACAGAUAAAGGACAAGUUUUAUGAGCAUUUGGGUCAAUACACCGCUUUUGGAAUGAUGGCAGGCCUUUUAGAGUUGAUACCAGUGAUGUCAAUCAUUACGAUACCCAGCAAUCUGAUCGCGGGUGCAUUAUGGGCGUCAAAUGAACUGAACAAAAAUCAGACUUAG